AGACGGCUCACACUGGCGACGAGGCGCAGGAAGUGGUCAGACACGGUCACCCUCCAUUUUCGAUACCGCCGUUACGACAAUUUGCUUGAGAGGGAAAAACGGACAGAAAAGACUUUACAGGCGCACAGUUCGGCAUACACUGCUGUUGGAGGUGCAUGAACCAUGAGCGGGCUCAAUGUUAAAAAGCUCAAAGUGAAUGAGCUGAAAGAGGAGCUCCAGCGUCGAGGCCUGGACACCCGCGGGUUGAAGGCGGAUCUGGUGGACAGAUUGCAGGCGGCGCUGGAGGCCGAGGCGUCAGGCGAUGCUGCACCGGGCGAGGAGGAACAAGACCUGGAGGCUGGAGAUGGCAAUGAUUAUCAAGAUGACGAUGGGGAGCAAGAUGAUGAAGACUCCAAGGCACAGUUUGAUGAUGGAAACAGUACAGACACCUUCCAGGGUGGGUACGAUGAUCAGGGAAAUGAGAAUAAUGAAAGCAACGAGGACCGCACUGAGACCCCCGUCUCUGGUUUUAGAAAGAGCGGUUAUACAUCAGAUGUGGUUUCGGGACAGAUGACAGAACAGUUCCAAGAUGACCAGGAUGAAGACCAGGAGCCCGAGGGCAAGCAGCCAUACCAGGAGGUGAAGCAGGAAUAUGAGGAAACUCCUUCACAGGCAGAGCAGAAGCUUGAGGAGCCAGCAUCACGCCAGAUGCCAGAGAGAGACUCAAGUCGACAAACCCAUGAGGAAGGACUGAAGGGUGAUGAAGUGAAGGCAGAGUGUAAGAAAGAUGAAGAUGUUCCACAGCAAGCUGAACAAGCCAACGAAUGGGGCGCUAUGGAUGUACAGGUCAAAACGGAGGAUGAUAGAAACUCGUCGCAUAAUCGCAAGAGGCCAUAUGAUGACAGUCGUGGAUAUGGAUACUACGAGCAUCGUGAUGACAGGAGGGGAAGAUCACCACAGCCCCCAGCAGAAGAGGAGGAAGAAGAGAUUGACGAUAAGCUUGUGGUCAUUGACACCUAUAACUGUGACCUGCACUUCAAGGUGGCUCGUGACAGGUACAGUGGCUAUCCUUUGACCAUUGAAGGCUUUGCCUACCUGUGGGCAGGUGCUCGAGCCACUUAUGGUGUUAACAAGGGUCGUGUGUGCUUUGAAAUGAAGAUAAAUGAGGAAAUUUCAGUUAAGCACCUUCCUACCACUGAACCUGACCCUCAUGUGGUGAGAAUAGGAUGGUCCCUAGAUUCAUGCAGCACUCAGCUUGGUGAAGAGCCCUUCUCUUUUGGCUAUGGAGGAACUGGCAAGAAAUCCUCCAACUGUAAAUUUGAGGACUAUGGGGAAAAGUUUGGUGAAAAUGACAUCCUUGGCUGCUAUAUUGACUGUGAAAGCAGUGAUGAAGUGGAUAUUGCAUUCUCCAAGAAUGGCAAAUCGCUUGGCUCUUGUUACCGUGUCUCUAGAGAUGAACUUGCUGGGCGCGCUCUUUUCCCACAUGUAUUGGUGAAAAACUGUGCCGUGGAGUUCAACUUUGGACAGAGGGAGGAGCCUUUCUUUCCUCUUCCAGAAGGCUUCACCUUCCUUCAAGAUGUUCAGUUGGAGGAAAGAAUUCGAGGAACAGUGGGGCCUGUCACUAAAGCUGAUUGCGAGAUCCUGAUGAUGGUUGGUCUGCCUGGUAGUGGAAAAACCACCUGGGCCAAUAAACAUGCUGAAGAGAACCCUGAAAAGAAGUACAACAUCCUGGGCACAAAUGCUAUCAUGGAAAAGAUGAAGGUCAUGGGACUCCGACGUCAGCGUAACUACGCCGGGCGCUGGGACAUACUUAUACAGCAGGCUACUCAGUGUCUCAACAGGCUCAUCCAGAUUGCUGCCCGCAAGAGGCGCAACUACAUCCUGGACCAGACAAAUGUAUAUGGAUCAGCCCAGAGACGAAAAAUGCGUCCUUUUGAAGGUUUUCAACGCAAGGCUAUUGUAAUUUGUCCCACGGAUGAGGAUUUAAAAGAGCGAACAUUAAAGCGAACUGAUGAGGAAGGGAAGGAUGUUCCCGAUCAUGCUGUGUUAGAAAUGAAAGCGAACUUUGUGCUGCCCGACGCUGGUGAGUUCCUAGACGAGGUGAGGUUAAUUGAACUGCAGCGGGAAGAAGCUGACGUUCUCAUCAAGCAGUACAACGAAGAAGGCCGUAAAGCUGGCCCUCCACCAGAGAAGCGUUUUGAUAACCGGCAAGGUAGCUUCCGCGGCCGUGGUAGCUUCCAGCGCUAUGACAAUCGUGGUGGACCACAGAGCGGUGGUAGAGGUGGAUACCAGAAUCGGGGUGGCACUGGAGGUGGAAGCUACCGAGGAGGAUAUAACCGUGGAGGCUACAACCAGAAUCGCUGGGGAAAUAACUACAGAGAUGGAGGUACAAGCAGCCGUGGUGGAGGAUACAACCGCAACCAGCAGUCUGGAGGCAGCUACAACCACAACCGUCAAGGCUCCUAUAACAAGAGUGGCACUGUAGCCACUGGUGGCUAUAACCAGUCACAGCCUCAGUCCUAUAAUCAAGGCUACAACCAAGGUUAUAACCAGAGCAACUACAACCAGGGUUACAAUUAUGGCAGCUACAGUCAGUACCCAGGAUACAGCCAAGGCUACAGUCAAACCCCAGCAGCCACAGCACAAACCUACAACCAGCAGCAGCAGAGCUACAAUCAACAGUAUCAGCAGUAUGCUCAGCAGUGGCAGCAGUACUACCAGAACCAGAGUCAGUGGAACCAGUACUACAACCAGUACGGCAAUUACGGCAACUACAACCAGCAGGGCACCCAAGGUGGUCAGGGCGCCCAGGGAACGCAGUAAUAGCUUUGGAGCCACUUCAGAUGUCCCUCCCAGCUCAUUCCCUAAGCAGCAUUCCUAUUUUGUGUUCCCUCUCCUUUUACCCAAUCUUGCCCUUUUUUGCCUGCUCUCUGUAGAAUUUUAUUCUCUCCCCAUUUAUGCCAACCUUAAAGGUAACCACAUUUCUGUGGACCUCCAUUGCUCUGUUUGCGUUUUGCUGGCAAGUGUCCCCAUUUUGACCUUAUACAAAAUAUUUGUUUACAUACUGCUUAAUUUUUUUUUUUUUUUUUUACCUCUAUGUACUUGUAGAUGAAAAGUUUGGCAUUUGAAAUUAGUAACGUGUGGUAUAGUCCACCCCAAACACUAUAGUGUGCUUAGAGCAGGAUAAUUAAAUUGAGGAAGCUUUGCACGCUUGGAUUUACAUUUGAUGUAUAGAGACGGGGUGUUUGUGUUCCAAUUGUUUUACCACUGAUUUUAUUUUUCUAUCUUUUAAGAUUAAGAACCACAUUUUGCGUUAGAUGGUUAUGGGUAUUGUUCUGAAUGAUCAUUGGCCUGUAUUUACUUACUCAUUUAAGACCACGUAACACUUUUGUCAAGCUAGAUCAUAUUCCAAAUUUUAAUAAACCUUGAAUAACACUUCUGAUGUCUCAAACCUGUGAAGGUUAGCAUUUUCCUUUUUGUACCAUUUUAAAAUGAUUCUGAAUAGUCUAAUGCGCAUCUGUUCUCAUGUUGCAGAUUAGUAAUGAUCAAAAAUAGCUCCUUGUGUGGAUAUGUUUUUACCUUGUGUCAUGUCUGUAAAGCAGUAUAUGCAUAUGGUUUUGUGUCGAAUCAACUCAUUAUUUUGUAUUUGAGAAUAUAAUCUGAAGAACCAUUUUGUGUUUGUUUUUCUUUUAUGAUUGUUUUUAAAUGUAUUGUCCAGCAAGACUAUUGCAUAAAAAAACUUUUAAAGCAAACAUAACAAAAAGGUGU